GCUUCAAUUACGAAGAAAUUAAAACAAAAAAACGUGUUUAAUAACGGAUUAUAGGACAUUGUCAAUGAUUUUGAAUAUGAAAAUUGAAUGUGAAAAGUGAAUCAAUUAGAAGAUUGAAACAAAGGAACUUGAUGAUACCGUUGAAUAAUUAUGCAAAAUUGCCAAUGUGUUGAACAUCAAAUCAUCGCAAAAACUCCAUUUUUGCAAUAAAGAUGAAGUCUUUUAAAUUCGAUGAUGUUAAUUCGCAUUAUAAUGUGUACAGUUUAAAAUAUAUAUGUGACAUAUUUCUAUAAUUGUUAAAGUUUAUGUGAUGAAAACACAACAAAACUAAUGAGAAAAAAUUUCUCAUAGUUUAAGUCUUGAAUUGUAUUCGAUGUUGGAUUUUCGAGAAUUACUUGGAGAAAGAAGUCGGUGAAAGUGUUCGAGCUGGUAGAAAAAAAGUUGUGUUGUGAGUUGUGCUGCUGGAAUUCAUCAGACGGCAAACAUUUUCACAAUUUUUAUCUACCAUGCAACCAUUUACGACGGGCAGCGCAAUGGCAACCGAAACACCAACAAGUUUGCCACCUGAGAGGGUGAUCACUCCGACACCCUGCCGAAAUCUCACUUUUUCUAUCGCAAAAAUCAUGGAACCAGAUAAACGAUUGACCGAGCAGAACGCUAACUUGAUGCCUCCAGCGCCGCCAACAAUAUCAGCGACAACGACGACAACUAUUCUUCAACAACCGUCAAAUAUUUCCUCUUCGUCGUACUCAGCGCAUCUCAAAUCGGCAUUCGAGAAAUAUGUACCAACUUUGAGGCAUCAAGAUUUACUCCAACAUUAUCCCGUACUGUCCAAGUACUAUCCGUUAUACUAUCCGAGUCCAUUAUUAAGGGCUUUCCCAGGUCCAGCAGCUUCAACUCCAUCGAUCACGCAGAAUUCGCCACCUCCCACAACCGUUCAAGAAGCUUCUUCAAGAUUAAAUCUGAUCAAUAUGUCGCCAGAGAAUCAGCGUGGCAAAAAGAGUCCGGCACCGCGCAGUGAGCUCGGUACUACAAAUAAACAGAAGACUUUUACUUGCCCGGAAUGUGGUAAAGUGUUUAAUGCACAUUAUAAUCUAACAAGACAUAUGCCAGUACACACGGGUGCACGGCCAUUUGUCUGUAAAAUUUGUGGCAAAGGUUUUCGUCAGGCGAGCACGCUCUGUCGACAUAAGAUCAUUCAUACUGCUGAAAAACCCCACAAAUGUGUAACGUGCGGCAAGGCUUUCAAUCGUAGCUCUACUCUUAAUACUCAUACACGCAUACAUGCCAAUUUCAAACCGUUUGUCUGCGAAUUCUGUGGUAAAGGUUUCCAUCAAAAAGGCAACUAUAAGAAUCACAAACUAACGCAUAGCGGCGAGAAGGCAUAUAAGUGCAACAUUUGUAACAAAGCAUUUCAUCAGAUCUAUAAUCUGACGUUUCACAUGCAUACGCAUAAUGACAAAAAACCAUUUUCUUGUAAGAUAUGUGGUAAGGGCUUUUGCAGAAAUUUUGAUCUCAAAAAGCAUAUGCGGAAAUUGCAUGAUACAGGUUCACCAGUGCUUAAUGGAUUGGAUACUUCAAGUCAGACUCAUAAUCAACAAUCAGGCUAUUCGUCAGUAUACCAUGGUCCAGAACAUUCUAUUGUCAGUCCAUUUAUACUUCCCCCACCUGGAUCUACCAGUUAUCACUCUCUAAGUAAGAUGUUGUGACAAAGCGAGAAUAUGCACUAUUCCAGAAAGACUCAAUAUCCGCUUAUUCUUGGUACUUCACCUUGCUACUCGGCUGAUAUAGGUCAAUUGGUGCAAACAUCUAAGUGAAAAAUAAAGGAGGCAUUAAUUAAAGUUUGAUCUCUUAUUUCCUAAAAAUAUUCCCUGAUUUAAUUAUAAAAAUGAGCCGGAAGCUAUAUUCUCGAUAUAUUUUGCUGAAAAUAUAUGCAACUUUAAAAGGAUAUAAUCCACAAUAAAAUUUUUAAAUACAACAAACGUUUUAACACGUUUACUGCUAUUAAAAAUUAGAAUACCUUUCUAAAAUGCUUCUUAUUUUUUUAUA